AUGGUAGUUGGCACACCACUUGGAAAAGGGGUCUUUGUUCCCAUCCCAACAUUUUUCAAGGAUAAUGAAGACCUUGAUUUUGAUUCACUUGAAAAGCACAUCCGUCAUUUAUCCAAAAAAGGUCUUGCCGGUAUCAUCCUUCUUGGUUCAAAUGGUGAAGCCGUUCACCUUUCAGGUGCAGAGCGUCAACAAGUCAUCACCAAAGGUUGUGAAUAUGUCAAAAAGUACGAUCAUUCUAUGAAGGUGAUUGCUGGGGCUAGUGCCGGUUCAGUACGCGUCACCGUAGAGUUCACCAAGCAAGCAGCUGAUGCUGGAGCCGAGUAUGCAAUGGUGCUUCCACCCUCCUAUUAUCGUGCCAACAUGGAUAAUGAAGCCAUUGAAUCAUUUUACAUCUCUGUUGCGGAUCAGAGCCCUGUGCCUGUAGUGAUUUACAACUAUCCUGGUGUCACUCAAGGCAUCGAUAUUGCUGUGCAAAGUAUAGAAAGGCUUGCGAAACACAAAAACAUUGUCGGUAUCAAAGGCACAGAUGGCAACAUGGGCAAGGUUGGAUACCUUGGUGCAAGAAUCAAACCAGAAGACAACUUUUCCUUACUUGCUGGAUCGGCAAGCUUCUUUUUACCUGCAUUGACAGUGGGUGCAGUGGGAUUGGUACCUGCUCUUGGCAAUGUGGCACCACGUGCGUGUGUGGAAGUACAACGGCUCUUUGAUAAUGGAAAGCUCGAAGCAGCCAAGCAACUGCAACAGCAAUUGGUUGAAUCGGAUGAUGCACUUGUGCGUUGGUAUGGCAACCCUGGUGUCAAAGCAGCUAUGAAUCAUGUUCUCGGAUGGGGUGGUCAACCUCGUUCUCCUUUGCGUUUGCCAUCCAAAGAUAAGGUUGAUCGCAUUGUUGAUGUAGUGGUUCAAGCUCUCUCCAUUGAGAAUUCACUCUUGAAAACAUAA